AUGUAGGGAGGUCUAGUAUAUGUUGUCUUAAUCGGGUCCGCGUUAGAGAGCCUUCUCGCACAAUAGAUCUCCAAUUUAAACCUUUUAAUAAGAAACCCCUAUCAUCCAGACUCGAACUUGAGAACUGGAGAGGAAAACUCACCCGGGUCGACCCUAGGUAUAAGAAACCCUUGUCACCCAGACUCGAACUUGAAACCUAAAGGAAAAAACUUACUGGUACUGACCGUAUGUGAAACUUAAAUACCCGUGAUAACCGCUAGAGCACCGGUGGUGGUUCUCUUCCUCAUCCAGUUGAUAACUUAUUUGUGAGUUGCGACUUGUGAGGCCACAAGUAAACAUUGAUAAAAACGGUAACAAUCAAACACUCUAAAAUCCAACGCGUGUAAUACUAUGAAUAAAUAAUAAUUAAAUUGCCCGGCCGUUUGGUGAACAUCAACAUAAACAUCAUCGUUGCAAACAAACACUGUCUCACCAUCAAUGGCACCGCUGCUAACGGCCGCUGCCACGUCAUUUCGGCUACCCUCCGUCCCUUGCCGCACACAUUCUGAACCGCUACCGUCUCCGUUUCCAUCGAGACGUUUGUUCGUCAACACAUCUCCAUUUUCAUCAUCACGAAUCAUACCUGUUAAUUCCAAUCGGUGUGUUGUAGCUUAUAGCUCUAAUUUGAACUUCCCUCUGAUAUCCCCUGAUGACAAUUGGGGCACGUGGACUGCUCUCUUCGCCACCGGAGCUUUCGGUCUCUGGUCAGAGAAAACAAAGAUUGGGAGAAUGAUUAGUGCUGCAUUGGUGAGUAUCUUGUUAGGACUUGCAGCCAGUAAUAUUGGGAUUAUUCCUCAUGAAGCAAAGGCUUAUUCUGUUGUUAUGGAAUACCUUCUACCUUUGACUAUCCCCUUGAUGUUGUUCAGAGCCGAUAUGCGAGACGUAAUCAAAUCUACUGGGAAUCUCUUCUUGGCUUUUUUGAUCGGAUCAGUUGCAACGACGGUUGGAACGCUAGUGGCAUUCAUGAUUGUUCCUAUGAGAUCACUUGGUCAAGACAGUUGGAAGAUUGCUUCCGCUCUUAUGGCUAGUUACAUAGGAGGAGCUAUAAACUAUGUCGCAGUUUCAGAUGCACUUGCUGUUUCCCCAUCCGUUAUUGCAGCUGGUGUAGCUGCAGACAACGUUAUUUGUGCAAUUUAUUUUAUGGUGCUCUUUGCAUUAGGCUCCAAACUUCCUGCAGAGACUUCAACAACAAGCAAGGAUACGGUUAAUAAUGUGAACUCUGGUUCUGGAGACAAAUCAGGCUUGCUACAGACAGCGACUGCACUUGCUGUUUCUUUUGCGAUCUGCAAAUGCGCCACACAUAUAGUUCAAACGUUCAAGAUUCAGGGCGGUAGUCUUCCCGCAAUUACUGCAAUCGUUGUGAUUUUGGCAACUUUACUACCCAAACAGAUUGGUUACCUUGCACCUGCUGGUGAUGCUGUUGCUGCCAUUUCGAUUCAGGUGUUUUUUGCGGUAUUGGGUGCGAGUGGAAGCAUAUGGAACGUUAUGAGGGUGGCGCCUAGCAUUUUUAUAUUUGCAUUUAUACAAGUAACGGUGCAUCUUGUCGUGAUACUUGGACUAGGAAAGCUACUCAAGUUGGAUCUAAAAGUACUACUUUUAGCUUCAAAUGCUAACAUUGGAGGCCCCACAACAGCAUCAGGAAUGGCAACAGCCAAAGGUUGGGACUCUUUAGUAGUUCCUGGAAUUCUAGUGGGUAUAUUUGGAAUUUCAAUCGCAACAUAUAUUGCAUAUUUCUUUGGGAUUUUUGUUCUCAAAAGAAUGUAGUUAUGUGGUGUAUAAUAUAUUAUUCAGUUUACCGGUCAUUGGACAUACCUGAGUAAUUGAUUACAAAGAAACUAGGGAUAUACCAUGCUGUUUGCGAAAUGAAAUUAUGU